CAGAGGAGAACUCAGCUAAACUAAAGUGUUUUUAGACAAACUUAUAUAAACAGGAGAAAUGAAGGACAUAGAACUGAAGGAAGUGGAUCAGACAAAACAAUUAAUGACCCGAGAAAAUGGCUGCGUGAAGGUCACCGUCCCGGAGAACACUGCAGUGAAGUACACAGGCCUCUCCAAAGACGAGCUUGUGAAAGUCGCUGGUACUCCAGGGUGGAUUCGGAUUCGUUGGGCUUUGUUGGCUCUUUUUUUUCUUGGUUGGGUUGGCAUGUUAGCUGGAGCAAUAGUAAUCAUAGUACAAGCUCCACGCUGUAAACCCAUUCCUGAAAUGCACUGGUGGAAUGAAGGUCCUCUGUACCAGAUAUCUGAUGUUAAUGCCUUCACUGAGAGUGGACUGAAAGGACUGGAGGGAAAGCUGGAUUAUCUGAGCCAGAUGAAUGUGGCGGGUGUAGUUCUGGGUCCGAUACACUCCUUGAAAAUUGACCAGCUAGAUACACUAAACCUGAUUUCAGUUCAGUCUGAAGUUGGCACUGAGAAUGAGCUGGAAUCUCUGCUGGGCCUGGCUCAUAAAAAAGGUAUCUUCAUAGUGCUGAAUUUAACACCCAACUACAACAAAACUUCAGCCUGGUUCAACAAUUUCAACGCUGUUGCUGAGAAAAUCAAAGAUGCGUGUACAUAUUGGUUGGAUAAAGGACUCGAUGGCAUUUUCUUGUCUGACCUGAAUGAAAUCCCAACAGACGCCUGGCCAUCUAUAAAGGAAAUAUUCAACCGAAGCGACGCGACUAAAGAAGUAGCUCUGAUGGGUUCAGUCAACAGUAUGUCCAUCAAUGAUAUUUCUGUCCUGCUCAACCGCUCUGGUGUUGACCUGCUCCUGACUGGACAGCCUGAUCUGAGUGACUCCGGAGAGAAACAGGCCCAAAUAAUCAAGGAGUUCAACUCCAGUAUCCAGCAGACAAGUCUAGGAUGGCGUUCGAGACAGGAUCCGGGGACUCUAGCUGCAGAAUUUCCAAUCAGGCUCUAUCAAAUUCUGCUGUUCACCCUGCCAGGAACUCCUGUGUUCAGCGCUGGAGAAGAGCUGGGGCUGAAGGCUGAGGAACAACUUCAAGCACUGUGGGACUUGGAAAAUCCAGUUGAAGAAAAAAAUGCUAAAGCAAAGGCUCUGCAGGAGGAGAGACUCGCAGUGCGAAACUUCUUCAAAACCCUCAGUGACCUAAGAGGAAAAGAGCGCUCGCUUCAGCACGGAGAAUAUGUUGGCCUCAGUAAUUCCAAGUCAUCAUUAGCAUUUCUCCGGGUCUGGGAUCAAAGCAAACGCUUCAUUACUGCCCUAAACUGGGGGGAUAAGCCUGUGACCAUGAAGCUGACUUACAGAGACCUGCCGGCUGAAGCUCAGGUUCUGCUCUCCACAGACACCAGCAGUUUAGCCCUGGAGAGCAUGGUGUCCGUAGAGAAGUUACAGCUCGACCCCAAACAGGCUGUUCUCUUGACUUAUUCUUAUGCUGGUUAGACACACAGUGUACACAUGCUCAUAUUAACUGUCUUAAAGACAGUCUUAAAGAAAAAAAUGACCAUUUUAAUGCCAUUUUGGUUCUUGAAGUUUAAUGGUUAUUGUCAAAAUGUGUUUAAAUCAAAUUCAAAGUGAUUUGAAAUGAUUUUUCAUUGUCAAUCAUUUACAUAACUUUAAAUUUUGAAUUAAAAAAAUUAAUCUUU